GAAAGCAAGACUACUAUGAAAGAUCAAAAAAGUUGCAAAGUGAGAUGAUGAGGAGAUUUAUCUGAGAUAGGAACUGGACCCUCCUCUUUGUGGGCUACUUCUUUGAAAAUAUAGAGUUCAUGGGAAUGGAUUGAAGCUGAAGAGAAUGGUCUAAACAGAGUGUUUGCAUGGCGAGCCACAGAGUUGCAAAUACUGGGUUUUCAGAUUCAGGACCGUCGAAUCACCAUCUCCCUUACACAAUUCUUCAUGGGAUUAAUUCUGCAUCAUCAAGUUUCAUCAAUCAAGAAGGGUCUGAUUUUGAUUUUGGAGAGCUACAAGAGGCAAUUGUGCUGCAAGGGAUUAGGAAUGAUGAAGCCAAAGCACCUUUAUUGACAUCAAGCAGACCUGCAGCAACUCUGGAGAUUUUUCCUUCAUGGCCAAUCAGAUUCCAACAGACCCCAAGAGUAGGAAGUUCAAAAUCAGGAGGUGAAAGUAGUGAUUCAGGUUCAGCAGCAAAUACACUAUCAAGUAUAGCUGAUCAAGCUACACAGCUAGAGCCUGAAUCUCCAAUGAAUAAAAAGGCAUCUUUUUCAGAUCAUUAUGAGGCUUUUGAUCAGAAACAUCUACAUCUUCAACCCCAUCAACAACAACAGCAACAAAUAGAGAUGGCUAGUGACAUCUCCAGAAGUGGACCAUCACAACAUCAGAAUCAAUCACCUGCCAAACCACCCCAAGAAAAGAGGAAGGGAGCGGCAGCUUCAGAAAGAAAGGUUGAUGCCAAGACAUUAAGACGUUUGGCUCAAAACAGAGAAGCUGCAAGGAAGAGCCGCCUGAGAAAAAAGGCCUACCUACAGCAGUUAGAAUCCAGUCGAAUAAGGCUAACACAGCUCGAGCAAGACCUCCAAAGAGCCCGCUCUCAGGGUUUUCCAUUGGGGGGUUGUGGUGGUAGUUCAAAUAUUAGUUCUGGGGCUGCAAUAUUUGACAUGGAAUAUGCAAGAUGGCUAGAAGAGGACCACCAGUACAUGUCGGAGCUCCGAACAGCAAUGCAUGGACAUUUAUUGGACGGUGACCUGAGACUAAUAGUGGACGGAUAUAUUUCACAUUAUGAUGAAAUUUUCCAGUUGAAGAUGGUGGCCGCCAAAUCCGACGUCUUCCACAUCAUCACCGGAAUGUGGACUACUCCGGCAGAGCGUUGCUUCCUCUGGAUGGGCGGAUUCCGGCCAUCCGAGCUCAUCAAGAUGUUAAUAUCCCAAUUAGACCCAUUAACCGAACAACAAGUGGUGGGGAUUUAUAGCCUCCAACACUCCUCACAGCAAGCAGAAGAGGCUCUAUCACAAGGCCUUGAACUGCUCAAACACUCCAUGAUUGAAACAUUCGCCGCCGGUCCGGUCGUCGACGGCAUGCAACAGAUGGCCGUCGCAUUGGGCAAACUUGCCAAUCUUGAAGGCUUUGUUCGCCAGGCUGAUAAUUUGAGACAACAAACCCUGCACCAACUGCCGAGGAUAUUGACAGUAAAGCAGGCGGCGCGGUGUUUUCUGGUGAUCGGAGAAUAUUAUGGAAGGUUAAGAGCUCUAAGUUCUCUUUGGACGUCUAGGCCACGAGAGUAAUAAAUAUAUACAUACAUAUAUAUGGAUAUAUAUGGAGAUGUGUCUACGGCUACCUAAUUUAGGGGAAAUAGUUUUUCCUGAUUAUUUUUAUGUUUUCUUUCUAUUAAUAUAUAUGUAUAUAUCUCUUUAAUUAUUAUAACUAUGCAUCUUGUAAAUGCAAAAAAAAAAAAAUCAAUAUUU